CAAACGAUGACAAUAGAGGAUAUCAUUAGAUCAACGCCAGAAUUCAAACCGUCUCGUCUAUCCUCUCUCUAUUCUAAUUUCCGUGCACACAAAGAGUUGAAUCCAGAAGGGUAUGACGCUAAUAUCCAUGCGUGGCACAUCCUUCUUGUGAAACUUCUCACACAGAACCAAUUUGAUUCAGCAGUUUCCGUUAAUUCCCAAAAUCAUAGCUUGGCUGUUAGUUUGAGCUUACCUCCAUAUGGUGUACCUAAAUGCCUUGGGAUCGUUGUCGACGAGUUGAUAGCUAAGGGGGUGUUUGUACCUUAUUCUGAGUACAUGGCAGCAACUACUUCAUAUGUGCGCAAACCGGGUAUCUUCUCAGUCAGGGGUUGGGUGCAUUGGGGGUUGGAUUCAAUAGGUAUCAUACGGCGAUUUUCUGCCGCAUUAUCCAAUGGUGAUUUGAAAGAUGAACGAUACAUAGCAUGGGAUUUAUUGGUACAAUUAGGAAAUCGAUUAUUGUCUACUAUAUCUACCACCACUGGUGUAUAUUCCGAUGGAUUAUACAGCAAUGCCACAUUGUUCAACCAAUUAAAUACAUCUCAUAAGAUCAAUAGUGUAGAUUUUGAUAUGGUGUUGAAGUAUUGGUCGCGAGAUAUAUCUGCAUGUCAAAUCAAAGUAAUUGACAACAUAACCUACAUCAAGUUUGGUCAGUCAGGAAUAACUGAAGACGAUAUAGGAAUAAUCAAUAUCAAAACUACCUUGUUUCACUUAUCAAAUAGGAAUAGUGAGCUUUCCAAUCGUGUGGACCAACUAACUAGUCAGGCCAAACAAUCACUAUCCAACAAACAACAUGUUCGUCACUUGUUAACGCAAAAGCAAAUCUUGAACAAGUCGUUAAACACGUCAAUUAGCUCAUUCAAUGAAUUGUCUACCAUUCUUGCCAAGAUCAAUGAUUCACAAUUGAAUCAUGAGAUAUACAGUCAGUUAAUUACUAGUUCUAAAGUGUUGCGCAAUUUGAAUUCAAAGGUGAAUAUAGAUGAUGUGGAUGCCAUUAAAUUGGAUAUUGAAGACGAGAUAAAGAAGGUUGAUGAGAUUGGUGAUGCUUUGUUUGAUACCGAGCAAGUUGAAGUUGAAGAAGAGUUGGAGGCUAUGAUAAGAGAGAAUGAAGAGGAACAGGUCAAGGAACAAGAAUUGCUAAACAAGUUGGGUAAAUUGAACAUUAAUAAGCCUGAAAUUGAACAGGAAAAGGCUCCAUUAAAGGAGAAGGAGAAGGAGUUGAUUCCUAGUUGA